UAGACACGCUCAGCUGCAGCUCCUGUAUUUGCAUUUCAUGCAGACUUUGCACGGGGAACCGCGGAUGACUCCGAACUGAAAUACUAAGAAAUACAGGACACUCUUUCGACAAACAAAUGUUUAUUUGAGUUGAUUCAGUGAAUAAUAGUGAGUUUGGGGAUUAUUAGGUGGUAUAUUUCUUAAAAUAACCGUUGUUUGAAAACGUGUAGAUGGGACUAGGUUUCCUGGCGGAAGGCUACUAAUUCCACAGCGCAACAGACUGCCAUCGCACAUUUCAUGAGAUCCAGUCGGGCGGACAGAGUUCACUUUAACGUUAAACCCCGGGAUGCAACAAUUUGCAUUGAAUCGCAUUCAAAUAUCGUGGAAAUAACAAUUUUGCCCGUGGCGUGCGGUCUGCAUUGAAAGACAACUCGCUUCCUUUUUUUUUUAGUUUUUAUUCCCACGGCAGCCGAACUUGUGGCCAUCGGAAGAAGUCAAGAGCAAAUCUAAAAGAUGUCAAUCCUGCCUUUCACUCCCCCCAUCGUCAAGCGACUUUUGGGCUGGAAGAAAGGCGAGCAGAACGGCCAGGAGGAGAAGUGGUGUGAAAAGGCGGUGAAAAGUCUAGUGAAGAAGCUGAAGAAGACAGGACAGCUGGACGAACUGGAGAAAGCCAUCACUACGCAAAAUAUCAACACAAAAUGCAUCACUAUACCAAGGUCUCUGGAUGGCCGUCUGCAGGUAUCGCACAGAAAAGGUCUGCCCCACGUUAUCUACUGUCGUUUGUGGCGUUGGCCCGACCUCCAGUCCCACCAUGAACUGCGGGCGGUGGAGUUGUGCGAGUACGCCUUUCACACAAAGAAGGACGAGGUGUGCGUCAAUCCCUACCACUACCAGAGAGUGGAGACUCCAGUCCUCCCGCCUGUGCUGGUGCCCAGACACACGGAAAUCCCCAGUGAAUUUCCACCUCUGGAUGACUACAGCCAUUCAAUACCUGAAAAUACCAACUUCCCUGCUGGCAUUGAACCCCAGAGUAACUAUAUACCAGAAACGCCACCCCCAGGCUACCUCAGUGAGGAUGGCGAGACCAGCGACCACCAGAUGACCCACAGCAUGGACACAGGCUCACCAAACCUAUCGCCCAAUCCUGUUUCCCCCACACACAAUAACUUGGAUCUCCAGCCUGUGACAUAUUGUGAGCCAGCCUUCUGGUGCUCCAUUUCCUACUACGAGCUGAACCAGCGAGUAGGAGAGACUUUCCACGCCUCGCAGCCCUCGCUGACGGUAGACGGUUUCACCGACCCUUCCAACUCUGAGCGUUUCUGCCUGGGCCUCUUGUCUAACGUCAACCGCAAUGCUGCAGUGGAGCUAACGCGCAGACAUAUCGGUCGCGGAGUACGACUGUAUUACAUCGGAGGAGAAGUGUUCGCCGAGUGUCUCAGCGACAGCGCCAUCUUUGUGCAGAGCCCCAACUGUAACCAGCGCUACGGCUGGCACCCUGCCACCGUCUGCAAGAUCCCUCCAGGCUGUAAUCUGAAGAUCUUCAACAACCAGGAGUUUGCUGCUCUGCUGGCGCAAUCUGUCAACCAAGGUUUUGAGGCCGUCUACCAACUCACCAGGAUGUGCACUAUUCGCAUGAGUUUUGUGAAGGGUUGGGGGGCUGAAUACAGGCGACAGACGGUGACCAGCACCCCCUGCUGGAUCGAGCUGCACCUGAACGGCCCCUUGCAGUGGCUGGACAAGGUGCUCACGCAGAUGGGCUCCCCCAGCAUCCGCUGCUCCAGCGUCUCCUAGGGAACCCAAAUACGGUAGAGACUGAAAACAACAAAAUGAUCCUUCAGUGACCCACAAGCCUGCUCUUCCCCCCCUUACCAACUGUCAGUAGCACUUUUUUUUAAUAUACUGGACAUGUUUGAUUUUUGUGUGGCAAAAGGGGACAAGUGCAUUAAAGUAAGACCAUGUUAGUAUGAACUCUGCUUGUUGAUUGUUCUUGUCACUUCUCAGCAAGGAGGUGUUUUGUUGUUCAAUUAAGAGAUUCAUUUAUUGAUUUUGUUCAAUUGUUUUAAUAUUGUACAUACAGUAUGGCACAUUGUAUUGUUGAAGAAAGAAUCGCUGUCUUUAAAAUCUUGUUUAACCUCCUAUUAUUUGGCUGUCUGAUGAGUGUACCAUUUUUCCCCCCAAAAUUUUAAAACCAGGUGUCUCAGAAACAUAUUGGACAUACUUCCUAUUACCCUAAUGAUAUUUGGAACUGAUUAUCUGCACGACAGAUAGAGUGGUGGCUAGAUAGAUAGUAGCUCCGCCCCUGCUGUUAACGCAGCCUUUGCUACUGACACUCCGAUUGCUCACGUCAUAAAACCUUGUUGUGUUGGCUCAUAAUUGUCAAUAAGGACACCAGAGUCAUCUCACAUGGCUUAAUAUUUGUAUUUGUGUAGACAGUGCAGUUGCUUCCCUACUUUAUAUUCAUGUUUAAACUCUCAGGACUGUAAAAAACACAGCCUCAUUAUAUACAGAAACCAGGGGAAAAGAUUGUCCUUACCCCGAAUGACUUCUAUUUUUCUGGUCAGAGACUUUUUCUCCAUUAAGCUUUUGAUAAAGGGAAAGGUUUUGAUGGCAGCAUGUAAAUAAUAACAGCUCAGCUCAAUUUUUAUUUGUACUAUAUCAUUUAUAUUGUUGUUUUUGACCAUUUUACCUUUGUAAUGUCAUAAGGUGAUCAAAGAUGGAUGAGAAAUACUCAGUCUUAGCUUUACUUCUUGCAGGGAGUUCAUUUACUUCCAAAAUGAACACUCCAUUACCGGAACACAGAUAAGAUACAAAACCUUCUUAGAUAAUACUGUAUUUUCCGGAUUAUAAAUUGCUCCAGAGUACAAGUCGCACCAGCCUUAAAAUGCAUAAUAAAGAAGAAAAAUAUAUAAGUCACACUGGAGUAUAAGUCGCAUUUUGGGGGGAAAUUUAUUUGAUAAAAUCCAAUAUCAAGAACGGACGUGUCAUCUUGAAAGGCUAUUUUAAAUAAAAAUAGAAUAGAGGCAACAACAGGCUGAAUAAUUGUACGGUAUGCUAACAUUACAUGACACAUAAACAACAAACUGAGAAUGACAGAAUGCCUGGUAUGUUAACAUAGCAUAUUAAGAGUUAUUCAGAUAACUAUAGCAUAAAUAACAUGCUAACAAGUUUACCAUACCGUCCGUGUAACUCCAAAUCACUAAAUCCAAUGAAAUCUUCAUUCUCGAUGUCACUUUUAAACAAUCCGCUAACUCCGUCAGUAGAAGAUGCUGCGCUUCUUCUACAUGGCUUGCGUCAGACUCAUUGUCAGUUGCAGUUCCAAUUAUUCCACAGACCUUAAGUGCCCUCUUGCUGUUUAGUGUGAAAAUAACAUGUGAAAUGAUAUAAUGUGUUAAUAAUUUCCCACAUAAGUCGCUCCUGAGUAUAAGUCGCACUCCCGACCAAACAUGAAAAAAACCCUGCCACUUAUAGUCUGGAAAAUACGGCAUUCGUCUUCAUAAAUACGUACAACUUUGGAAUUAAUCCCUGCCCAAUGGUGCUAAUAUUUAACAUUAUUGGGACGUAAACGGGUGAUGAUGAUCAAACCCUGUCAGUGUUCAGUUUGUUUCAGAAAAGUAGCAUCUACCAAUCUGAGACUAUGACUCCUUUUUGUGGUGUCACUGAUCGCCUCAGUACAAGUCCUUAAAGGGCUUUUAUUAGACCCGCUAAUCCGAGAAAGAUUCUUUGUACACUCAUUAGUUACUAUGUUUGAGCGUUUCCAAAUUGCUCACUUUAUUAGUUCAUCUGUAAUAGUUAUGAUUUUGCUUCAUUUUGAAUCUCUGGUAUACAAUUAUGUCCAUUAUGUUCUCUUGUUUAGAAAAAGAAUGAUGUGUUGCUUUAUACAUUUGUUUUAUCUAUAAAAUAAAAUAUAUACCGUA